CUAUAAAAAAAGAAAGGAACAGAAACAAACAGAGGAAACCGCACAUAAAAACACAAACAGCUCGAUAAGGCAGAUAAAACCAAGAAGAAGAAACUACCAGCCCAAACUCUGUCUCUCUUCCAUUUCUUCUCAGAUCGGACCAAAUUCUUGCAAUGGGAGUAGAAGUUACAGAUAUAUGCACGGACAAGGAACCAGAUUGUGUCAUAGUUUAUUCAAAUGGUGUUUCCCAUGAUUCCAAUCAUGAAACUGUUCCCAAUCGUCAUGAUGUUUUAGAGUCCUAUGAGCCUAUCAAUGAGGUUCCUGAGGUUCAUAGUUCAGAGGAGAGCUCUGAAGCCAAGGAAUAUGAAGUGAAGGAAUGUACAACUGAAAUCUCAGUUGAGACUACUGAAGUUCCCAAUGACGAGGAAAGUAAGGACCCGAAUGUGCUAAGCUCAAAAUUUGAGGUUGGCUUGCAAGAGGAAAAGGUAAAAUCAGGAAAAGAGAAAACAAAGUAUAGUAAUAAGUCUCAACCAUGCAUGAAGCAUGCAUCAAAAGCUGCUCCUUCUGGAGUUGUUCAAACAAAACGCACUGUUCCACAGCCAUUUGCUUUAGCAACUGAAAAGCGUGCUUCAUGUGGAACACGUCCUACUGGACUUGACCUUGAUGCCCCCGCUGGUUUGAAUAAAUCAUCAAAUGCAAACAAUGUGCUACAUCCAAACACUAUAAAGCAGAAUCAGCUAUCAAGAAAGCCAUUGCAACCAAAUAACAAGAAGCGUCCUGAUGAGGAGGAUACUUGUUCUGUUACUUCCAUUACUGCAGCAUCUGCUCGAACUCAUAAGUCAAGGACAACUGUUGCAUCAGCUCCAAUAUUUAGAUGCUCUGAACGUGCUGAGAAACGGAAGGAGUUUUAUUCAAAGUUAGAGGAGAAACACCAAGCAUUGGAGGCUGAGAAAACCCAAAGUGAAGCAAGAACCAAGGAAGAGAGGGAGGCAGCUAUCAAGCAACUGAGGAAAAGCUUGUUGUUUAAGGCUAACCCGAUGCCCAGUUUCUACCAUGAGGGACCACCACCUAAGAUUGAACUAAAAAAGCUUCCACCAACCCGUGCAAAAUCACCAAAGCUUGGCAGAAGAAAGAGCUGCAGUGAUACAGUAAAUCCAUCUCUGGCAGACAAGGUUAAAGGAGCUUUUGGUGAGGGAAAUUAUCAGAGCCUGGGUAGAUACAAAGAAGAAACCAGCGCCCCAGUUUCUACCAACAGAAAGGAACGGCGUAACCUCCUAAAUGGUCAUGCUAAAGAUGAACAUGAUCAAGUGGAAGAGGUAAACAUGUCAAUUCCAGCUGUGAUAAAUGGGCAGAGUAAUGCAAGCAUCGAUGUUCAAUAUUUAACUUAUUAAGUUUGUGUUGAGUUCUUUAUUUAUAAGAGUAAAACCCACUUUUGCCUUCAGUGACCCACUUUUGCCUUCAGUGACUUAUGUGAAGAAUGUGCCUCUUGUUCACUUAAACACGCAAGGACUUGUUGCUGUGUUUCAGUGUUUGUGUAAUGUAUGAAGUGUAAAUUUCCUGUAAGUUAUAAUAUCUAUGUAAAGCUUCCCCAUUAAACUGUAAGCUUCUUCCUUAUUGCACUCUUGUUGAGUAAUUGUAUUCUGCUAGGGAAAAUGUGAACAGGCUGCUGGUAUGCUAGUCUUUGUUCCUUAUUUA